UUGCUGCUACUUUCCGCCAGCCGGGGAAAAGGCAGCCGCAGUCAGCGACGCCUCACCCGACCCCCCCUCCUCACCCCCGCCCCCCGCCGCACCGCCCGCCGGAAGGUUCUAGAGAGGGAGUGGCGCACGCCAUGGCGGAGGAGAAGGAGUCGACGUCGGUCCCGCUCAGCCAGGCGGCGGAGGCCGUCGACCCCGAGGACCCAGCCAAGUCGCCGCCGCGCCCCAGCUCGCCCACCACCUCCACCCGCAAGGCAUGCUGCGCUGUUCUUCAGAGUUGGGUGUCGAGAAAAUUUAUGACUGGAUGUGUGGUUCUUUUUCCUGUGGCUUUCACGUUCUUCAUCACAUGGUGGUUCGUUCAGUUUGUUGAUGGGUUUUUCAGCCCACUAUAUGCAAAACUCGGAGUCAACAUAUUUGGUCUUGGUUUUCUGACUUCUCUGGCAUUCAUAUUUCUGGCUGGAAUAUUUGUUUCUUCGUGGUUGGGUUCAACUGUCUUCUGGGUUGGAGAAUGGUUUAUAAAGAAAAUGCCAUUUGUAAAGCACAUAUAUUCGGCAUCAAAGCAAGUCAGCACUGCUAUUUCACCAGAUCAAAAUACGACAGCAUUUAAAGAAGUUGCAAUAAUUCGGCAUCCACGUGUUGGUGAAUACGCAUUCGGAUUUAUAACAUCAACUGUUGUCCUUCAGACAGACAAAGGUGACGAGGAAUUGUGUAGUGUUUAUGUGCCGACAAAUCAUCUAUAUAUUGGUGAUAUAUUCCUGCUGAACUCUGAAGAGAUCAUCAGACCAAACUUAUCCAUUCGAGAAGGAAUUGAAAUUAUCGUUUCUGGAGGAAUGACCAUGCCACAAGUAAUUGCAUCGCUAGAUCCCAUCCCAAGGAAGAGCCAGAGCAUCCGCCUAAAUAGAAUAAUGACAUGAGGAUGUGUGAGUCAUCAAAGCAGCGGGUCGCGAAUGGGUGGAUGGGACUCCAGUUCUGGUCUGUUUGUGCUGUUCAUUUCUUACGUGUAAAAUGUCAAGGUUGGAUACGGGAACGUGAUGACCAAGCUGGACGGAAGCAUCGUACCGAUGCCCUGGAAUACUGUUAUGUGACACAUGUUGUUUUUCUCUGUGUUUGCUGACUGGUCCAAAGUGUUAACUUCGAUGCACCGGUGGUGUACAACUAGUGUGCCUGAUUACAUUCAUUUGUAAGAGUGUCGUGUAAUACCAUGUCGACUUCGUUAUUACUAUAGUAUACAUACCAUGCUGACCGGUUUCUUCGUGAGCA